AUGUCUGCUCCACACGGGCCCCGGGGCGGCCCCGGCCCCGGCCCCGCUGCUGCCUCAGCGGCCGGCGCCAUGCCGGAGCUGCCGGACCUCAGCCACCUCACCGAGGACGAGAGGAAGAUCAUCCUCGGCGUCAUGGACCGACAGAAGAAGGAGGAGGCGAAGGAGCAGUCCAUGUUGAAGAUCAAAGAGGAACCAAAGCCUCAGCCGGCACAGUGGUUUCCCUUUAGUGGGAUCACUGAGCUGGUUAAUAACGUUCUCCAGCCCCAGCAAAAGUCCCCAAAUGACAAGGAGCCAGAGCCAGACGCGAAGUUGCACCAGCAGUUUGAAUCGUACAAGGACCAGGUCAAGAAGAUGGGGGACGAGACCAAGCCGGCGCAGGACCAGAAGAGCGAAGCCCCGACCUGCGGGAUAUGCCACAAAACCAAGUUUGCCGAUGGCUGUGGCCACCUCUGUUCGUAUUGCCAAACGAAAUUCUGUGCCCGGUGCGGAGGACGCGUGUCUCUGCGGUCAAAUAAGGAGGACAAAGUGGUAAUGUGGGUGUGCAACUUGUGCCGAAAACAACAGGAAAUCCUCACCAAGUCGGGGGCGUGGUUCUACGGCUCGGGGCCCGGUCAGGUGCGGGGCGUGUUUGAGGGCGGGCCACAGGGGAAGAAGGCCAAACUGCAGGAGCCGUCCCCGUGCCCCUACCAGGGCGCCCCGGGGGACCUGACACCAGCGUCGGACAGAAGCAGACCCCGCGGCGGGCUCCUGCCCCGACAGGGGUCCCUCGACAACGGCUCGGGGCCGAGGUACUCGGGACCAGGCGACACACCCGUAGACAGGAAAAGAAGCCCGUCUGCGUCCAGGGAUCCAAACCAAAAGUACGACCAAAGGGAGGGGGGCGACCACUCACAGUAUGCCCCGACGGACGGCGGCAUGCCCAGAUCACCGUCCGACUAUGGGGAUGGGGACCCUCGGCGGGCUCCGCGGGGCCCACACAUGUACCCAGAUGCGGAUGCGGCGCGGAUGGGCUACCGGGAGCGACGGGGCCCGGGACGCUGGCACUCCCAGGAAUACCCGCUGGACCAGGAGCUAGAUGGACCGCCCAGUGAGUAUGACCUCCAGCGGCAGCGCCAGGAGGAGUUCCAGACGCGCUACCGCAGCGACCCCAACCUGGCGCGCUACCCCGUGAAGCCGCAGCCCUACGAGGAGCAGAUGAGGAUGCACGCCGAGGUGGGCCGCCUGAGGCACGAGCGCCGCCACAGCGACGUCUCCCUGGCCUACACGGAGCAGGACGAGCCGGGCCCCAUUCGGCUGUCCCGACAGCAUCUCACCGAGCGCCGGCCGCCUAUGGUGGGACAGCGCUCCUACUCUGUCGACCGAUCCUCCCCGGGGCCCAUGGGCCCCGGCCUCGGAGGUCACAGAACGUCCAACCACAGCCCCCCGACGCCGCACCGCAGCCCCGUGUUGGGCGACCGGUCCGGCGACCUGCGGAGAGGAGACACGGGCGGAGGUGGGGAUCCCAUGCGGAGGCAGCAGCACCACUUGGACCCCAGUUCAGCCGUCCGCAAAACCAAGAGGGAGAAGAUGGAGAGCAUGUUGAGGAACGACUCUCUCAGCUCGGACCAGUCGGAGUCGGUGCGCCCGCCACCCCCCAAGCCCCACAAAACCAAAAAGGGAGGGAAGAUGCGGCAAGUGUCGCUGAGCAGCUCGGAGGAGGAGCUGGCCACCACACCGGAGUACACCAGCUGCGAGGACGUGGAGAUAGAGAGUGAGUCAGUCAGUGAGAAAGGGGACAGUCAAAGGGGAAAAAGAAAAACUAUUGGGCAGACACUUAUGUCCGAGCCGACACACACCUUAUCUGAGAGGCAAAAGAAAAUGGUGCGCUUUGGGGGACACUCAUUUGAAGAGGACUUGGCAUGGUGUGAACCGCAGGUUAAAGACUCGGGAGUUGAUACGUGCAGUAGCACUACCCUAAACGAGGAGCAUAGCCAUAGUGAGAAGCACCCGGUGACGUGGCAGCCGUCCAAAGAUGGGGAUCGCCUCAUAGGCCGAAUUUUGCUCAACAAGCGAAUGAAGGAUGGAAGUGUGCCCCGAGACUCGGGAGCGCUGCUCGGUCUGAAGGUGGUGGGAGGCAAGAUGACAGAAUCGGGCAGACUCUGCGCUUUCAUCACCAAAGUGAGGAAAGGAAGUCUAGCGGACACUGUCGGACACCUCAGGCCAGGUGACCAGGUGCUGGAGUGGAACGGGAAGCUUUUACAAGGAGCCACAUUUAAAGAAGUUUACAAUAUCAUACUAGAAUCCAAGCCUGAGCCGCAGGUGGAGUUGGUGGUCUCACGGCCUAUAGGAGAUAUUCCGAGGAUCCCAGACAGCACACAUGCACAACUGGAAUCAAGUUCGAGUUCCUUCGAGUCUCAGAAGAUGGACCGCCCAUCCAUCUCCGUCACAUCCCCCAUGAGUCCCAGUAUGCUGCGGGACGCCCCCCAGUAUCUGUCAGGACAGCUUUCAAGCCAAAGCCUUAGUAGAAGAACAACGCCUUUUGCCCCUAGGGUCCAGGUCAAACUGUGGUACGACAAAGUGGGCCAUCAACUCAUUGUCACCAUCCUGGGCGCCAAAGAUCUGCCCCCCAGGGAAGACGGUCGGCCCAGGAACCCGUACGUCAAAAUCUACUUCCUCCCCGACAGAAGCGACAAAAGCAAGAGGAGAACAAAAACAGUAAAGAAAUCCUUAGAGCCCAAAUGGAACCAGACCUUUAUGUAUUCGCCGGUGCACCGGCGGGAGUUCCGGGAGCGCAUGCUGGAGAUCACGCUGUGGGACCAGGCCCGGGUGAGGGAGGAGGAGAGCGAAUUCCUCGGAGAGAUCCUGAUCGAGCUGGAGACGGCGCUGCUGGACGACGAGCCCCACUGGUACAAGCUGCAGACGCACGACGUGUCCUCCAUCCCGCUCCCGCGCGCCUCCCCCAACACGCAGCGCCGGCAGCUUCACGGAGAGAGUCCGACGAGGCGGCUGCAGAGGUCGCAGCGGAUAAGUGACAGCGAGAUCUCAGACUACGAUUGUGAAGACGGCGUCGGGGUAAUAACAGACUACCGGACAAACGGCAGAGACUUCCAGGGCUCCACGCUGUCGGUCCCCGAGCAGGUGCUGUCGUCCAACCACUGCUCUCGGUCGUCCGACAUAAACAGGGCACGGUCACGCUCGCCCAGCGUUCCCCCGCCCUCCAGCCGCAACCACCGCGUGUACCCGAUCUGCCGAGAGGAAGCAGUCAGGUUACUGCGUUCCACUCGGAUGGCCCGCGCCUACUCUGAGGGCGCCUACUCCUCCGACUAUGACCACGAGAGGAACCACGGAGCCAUGGAUAGGCACGACUAUCACAGCAGGUCCCGCUCCGCAGACCAGCGGCCCACUAUAGAGCGGCCCACUUCCCGCUCACGCUCCACUGAACGCCCCCACGACUCGUCGCUCAUGAGGUCCAUGCCGUCUCUGCCAUCUGGGAGGUCCGCCCCCCCCUCACCUGCCUUGACGAGGGCGCAUCCUCGCGGCGGAUCAGUCCAGACCAGUCCCACCAGUACCCCGAUGUCCAGCAGGCGCGGACGGCAGCUACCGCAGCUUCCACACACGGGGAAGGACAGAAAAGAUGGAGAUGAAGGAACCGAGCCUUGUGAAGAAGACAUGGACUCACCAAGUUGGAGGAACUCAGGUCUGGACAUGGAGGAGAGGACCAGGCAGAUGAAGCUGAAGAUGAACAAGUACAAGCAGGGAGGCGGCUCCGACUCCAGACUGGAGCAGGACUAUCACAAGCGUUCGGGCAGAGAUCCACGGGGCUCGGACAACCUGUCGGCCAAGUCGUCGGACAGCGAUGUCAGCGACGUGUCCGCUGUGUCGAGAACCAGCAGCGCCUCUCGGUUCAGCAGCACGAGCUACAUGUCUGUCCAGUCGGAGCGGCCGCAGGGGAAUCGCAAGAUCCGUGACUUUGCAUCCAAAAUGAAAAACAGGCAAAUGGGCUCGUCGGGCGCGAUGAACAUCACGAAGAGCACGAGCAUCAGCGGCGACAUGUGCAACCUGGAGAAGACGGACGGCAGCCAGUCGGACACGGCGGUCGGCACGGUAGGCACCGACGACAAGAAGAGGCGCUCCAGCAUUGGUGCCAAAAUGCAGGCCAUGGUCGGCAUGUCGCGCAAGAGCCGGAGCACCUCUCAGCUCAGCCAAACAGAAGCAGGAGGAAAGAAGUUGCGCAGCACGAUCCAGAGGAGCACAGAGACGGGCCUGGCGGUGGAAAUGAGGAGCAGGAUGACUCGGCAGGCCAGCCGGGAGUCCACUGACGGCAGCAUGAACAGCUACAGCUCCGAGGGAAAUCUCAUCUUCCCCGGAGUGCGGCUCUCCUCAGACGCCCAGUUCAGUGACUUCCUGGAUGGCCUGGGUCCCGCCCAGCUGGUUGGACGACAGACGUUGGCGACUCCAUCUAUGGGUGACAUCCAGAUCGGCAUGGUGGAUAAGAAAGGAGCCCUGGAGGUGGAGGUCAUCAGAGCCCGUGGCCUUGUGGGAAAACCAGGUUCCAAGUCACUGCCAGCGCCAUAUGUAAAGGUCUACCUUUUGGAAAACGGAGCCUGCAUAGCCAAAAAGAAAACAAAAGUAGCAAGAAAAACCUUGGAUCCUCUUUACCAGCAGCAACUGCCGUUCGAGGAGAGUCCGGGAGGGAAGGUUUUACAGGUCAUCGUAUGGGGCGACUACGGACGUAUGGACCAUAAAUCCUUCAUGGGAGCAGUUCAGAUACUGUUAGACGAGCUGGACCUGUCCAACAUGGUGAUUGGCUGGUUCAAGCUCUUCCCCCCUUCCUCACUGGUGGACCCUACUCUGGCCCCGCUGACAAGAAGAGCUUCCCAAUCCUCACUGGACAGUUUCUCUCGAUCAUAGCAGCGUGUGGACCGAUAGCGUCGUUGUAGCAGCCAGAGUUUGCGAUCGCAGGUCACGCCCCCCCUGGUUACACUGCAUGCUUGAUGUUGUGUCUUCUGAGCCUGUUUCUAGGGGUGCAAAGCGUGAUCCUGUGUUUUGAGCAAAAAAGCGCCGUGCACCUUUUGCACGUUGGCGACGAGGCGCGUUUGCGAGCGCCCGGCGGCCGGGAUUGCCGGGCGUUUGUUGUCUGGAGGAAUCUGGAAUGAACUCCUUAGCACGAGGAAUCUGUCAGUUCCAGGUUCUCAUCCAAUUCGAAGCCAUGGGGGUCAGCACUGGGAACUGCUAAAUGAGUUCUACAGAAGCCCUUUUCGAAUGAAAAAAAAUAAAUGUUUUGCUUAGAUUUUGUUUCUCUUUUUCAUUUCGUUUUGUUUUCAUUUGUUUUCAUUUGAUUUUUUAUUUUUAUUUAAGUGUCUAUGUACUUGUAUCUGAAGGGGGUGACAGUGUUUCUGAUCAGAUGCUUGGUCAUGCCACGCCAACAGACCUAGCUGUGUAGACGGAGUUUCGGAGACCAUCACUUUGGGUGAUGAGGUGUGUCCCAGCGCCCUGUAAACCCACACUCCCCCGAAACCCAAAAGAAAUGCUCGACAUACUCGAGGUUUAUGUGCUGAAUCAAACGGUGCCGGUAAAAUCACCAGAGAGACUUCAGUAAAUCAGAGGCAAUAUUAAAAGUGGCUCCCAUCGACGCUCCAGAAAAUACAGUAACGAGCCAAACCCCAUGAAAAGAUGUACAAUCUACCAUCACUCUUUCUCUGUUGAUAUAUUGUAUGAAAAUUAAAUGAGAUAAAAAUAUUUUUUUCCCUUUUUAGUUCAUUUGCAUGGACACAAAUUUAGCUGAAUAAAAAAAAAAAAAAAAAUUAUUUUCUUGAGGCUGCAACUUGCAAAAAAAAAAGUUGAAAAAUGAAUAAAACAGGAUCAGCCAUUUUCAACAAUUUAUAUUAUUUUUAAAAAUAAAUUUCACUAGUGCAUGGUUUUCAAGGGGAGUGAAUGCAACAUCGUGAUUAAAAAAAAAAGAAGACAUUGUUUAUCAUUCUUUAGACCAUUCGUGAGUCUGCGUUUUGCAGACGUGCAGAUAAGGGAAACGUAAAGGAAAAUUUUGGAGUUAUUAUUUAACAGAAAAUGACUAUGUGACAAAAAGGUGAUAAUGAAAAUAAAUGUAAAUUAUUUAUUUCAUUGUAAAAAAAAAAGGCUCCAGCCUUAUAAAGAUAAACAUUAUGUGCAAAUUGUACAUGUUUCUCUUUCUCUUCCUUGUCCCGGGGUACCUCUCAUUGUACUAUUCAUCAACACCAUCGUUCAGUCCCCUGAUAUUGUCCAGAUUUUAGGACUGUUGGUUAUUUUACAGUUCUGUAUUGUUUCCGUAUGUAUUUUAUUUUGGAUUUGAUUUGUUUAACAAGCAUGUUGAAAGGGAUUUUUCUGCAACAUGGCUUGGGCACACCUUACAGUAACUCAGCAUGUUUUGAUAAAGACGAUAUUUGGAAAAUUUUGCAGUUUCUUGUACAGUGCAUGUCAACUUCAUUACUUUUUCUCCCUCACCUCGAAUUGAACUCUGCAGCAAAUUAGUUAUCGGGUCUUCCGCGGCCAAUUAUCGACGUUUUGACAAAAGAACAUUCCACCCCCAAGGUCAUGUUUCCUUUUCGGGAUCUUGAGAAGAAGAAAAAAAAUAAGUGACAAGGAAAAAAUGUUUUAUAUUUAACGGAGGUUGACGAAACAGUUGUGAUUGCAAGUGUAUUUUAUUUCAGUAUUGUUGACGAACAUGCAAAAAUAAUCUUUAUUGGUACAGCGAGAGAUCUAUACCUUAUAGAGAGGCAGCAAACGGGCAACGCGAUGUGUUCUGCUGCCGUUCAAUUUUACAGGCACUGUACGUGAAGAAGAGCUCAUCACAAGUUCAAAUAAGGGAUAUUGCCACAGAAAAUGUUUGUUUUUUCUCUUGUUUUAAUGAAAAUGAAAUUAAUUUACUAUAUUUUUGUUAGUUUUAUUUAAAAGCCAAGACCAGUUUAUUUUUUAUUUUCUAUUUUUAGUAAUUAUAAAAUGCUUCUCAUGUCUGGGAAGUACAUGAAUCUUAUAGUUGCAGUAUGUCUGAAUGAAAUUGAACUGAGGCAUUAUUCCUUUUCCACGUGACGACCAUGCGUUUCAACGUCCAAGAAAAAACCUUGUUGCUGUAACAGGCUACAGUAUAUAUUUUUCAUUUCAAUUUCUCAUUGUACAUACCUUUAGAUGUCAGAAUUUGAAUAAACAAGCUACCACGGGUAGACGGACGGACCGUUUUGGAACAGGAAGAAUGCCUCACGUGAUGACAAAGACAUAUGUUAUUUAUCCUUCUGAAUGCCUUUUCAUUUUCUCUUUUUUGGUGCAAUGUGUUAAUGCCAAGGCUAUGUCUUGGUUAAGUAUGGUUGAGUACAGAGAUUUAUGUAAGUUAUUUUUCAAAUUAAAAAUUAAAAAAGGAUAUUACACUGA